AUUUUCCCUAUUUUUAACUCUAAUAAAAUAUUUUUUUUUUUUAUUUUAUUUUUUAGAACUUUAAUUUCUAUUUCUUCAAAUUCUUGAUUAGGAUGCUGAAUUGGAUUAGAAAUUAAUCUUUUAAGAUUUAUUCCUUUAAUUUCUAACCCUAAAAAUAUAAUAGCCUCAGAAGCUUCUUUAAAAUAUUUUUUAGUUCAAACUAUUGCUUCUAUUAAUUUUUUAUUUUCUAUUAUUUUAAGCCUUAUUUUAGUUAAAAAUUUUUAUUUAGAUAAUUUUUUAUCAAUUAUAAUUAAUUCUUCACUUUUAAUAAAAAUAGGAUCAACCCCUUUCCAUUUUUGAUUUCCAAAUAUUGUAGAAGGUUUAUCUUGAUUUAAUAAUUUUAUUUUAAUAACAUGACAAAAAAUUACCCCCAUAAUUUUAUUAUCAUAUUAUAUUAAUAUAAAUUUCAUUUUUAUUAUUGUUCUUAUUAAUGCUAUUAUUGGGGCAAUUGGAGGAUUAAAUCAAACUUCUUUACGUAAAUUAAUAGCUUUUUCUUCAAUUAAUAAUUUAAGAUGAAUAUUAGUUUCAAUUAUAAUUAGUGAAAAUCUUUGAUUAUUUUUUUUAACUAUAUAUUCCUUUAUUAUUAGAUCAAUAUGUUUUUUUUUCAGAAUAUUAAAUAUAUUUUAUAUUAAUCAACUAUUUAUUAUUAAUAUUAAUUAUUUAAUUAAAUUUUUUUUUUUAAUUAAUUUUCUUUCUUUAGGGGGAUUACCCCCUUUUAUUGGAUUUUUCCCUAAAUGAAUUAUUAUUAAUUUUCUUUUAAUAAAUAAUUUUUAUAUUAUUUCUUUCAUUUUAGUUAUAAUAAGUUUAAUUUUAUUAUUUUUUUAUAUCCGAAUCAUUUACUCAUCUUUUUUAUUUAACUAUAUAAAAUUAAAGUGAAUAAAAUUUUUUAUUAAAAAUAAAUUAUUAUAUUUUAUUAAUAUACUUUCUUUUAUUUCUAUUUCAGGAAUAAUAAUUAGAACUUUCUUUUUUUUUU